UGCCCUCCACCCCAACAGGACUCAAGUAUUCCCUGAAGCUUUUAUUUCCCCUCAUCUUUCCCCUUCUCCCUCCCCUCUUUGUUAGCGACAGACCCUCUUUUUUCACUCCCCCUCUCAUCGCCACGCUGUCUUUUCGUCAGAGCUGAGGCAGGCAGGGAGAAGCACUGCUCCGAAUACUGACGGUGAUCAGGAGACGACCAGACCGACUCAGCCGCUGUUGUAAAAUGCACGAGGUGGACCAAGUGUCAGACGCCACCGCUCGCCUUCUCUUCCUCUUUCGUCUCUCACUCUAUCGCUCUCCUGCUCUGCUCUGGUUGUCUCUGUCUGCAGCUUGCUGGCUGGCUUCUCUCUCUCUCUCGCUCUUUGGCUGGGGCUUGGCUGGCCCGAGCUGCGAAGUGUACUGACACAGUAGACUACCUGCUGCCUGGGGAUUGUGUGCGCUGUGAGUACUCUAUGAAUACGCCGAGCUCCACGUUGUUUAGCUGCCAGUGAAUGGCCUUGUCCCUCGGAGGAACAACUUGAAGGUGAUCGUCAGCAGCAGGGUCCAGGGCAAGCAACCGGGAGUAGCUUCUGGAUGAGGAACAGACAAGAGGAAUGGAUGCUUGAGAAAAGACCGAGAUUGAGCCAGCUUCUCCUCAAUGAGCAGCUUCUCCUCAAUGAGCAGCUUCUCCUCAAUGAGUAGCUUAUCCUCAAUGAAAAAUGUGCGAAUAAGCGACUGUUUUUCAGAAAAGUAGAAAACCAAGUGACACUCUCGGACAGAGGGAAGUAACAAGAGCCCCCCCCCCCUCCCCCACAAUUUGUUUUUGGAUGAAUAUGCCAUUGGGUGGACACGAGGAAAGAAAGAGAAACACAGUCUUCAUUGAUUCUGUUCAUUUCUUAAGUAUUUUUCUCUCUUUUUAUCUCUCUGUUUCUUUGUGCGUUUAUUUUUCUUCAGUCAGUGUCGCUGUGGCUUGUCACUUCUGUAUAGCCGGUCUCUGGCGGAACAGCGCUAAGGAGAAGACGACUUGUGUAGUUUCCCUCCCAACUUCCCGCCACUCUCUACUUUUUUUCUGACCUGCUUUCUCCGGACUCCAGGGGUGGCCCCCAAAUGCGAGUGGCAAGGGAGCCAUAUUGUUUUGAAACAAGGAAAGGGGUUAGUGGGAAAAAAUAUCCCCUUUCACACUCCUGAGAGCAUAUGGUUUAGCGAGUGGUGGCCAGCUGCUUACUAGCCACCCGCUAAUUACGCUAACGCAACAACAGGGGCAGCUCUGUGCUCGGAGGAGACAGUCGUGUUACUGCUGGCUUUAUUUUGGUGCUGACUGGAGCUAUAUGGAACAAUAAGCUUGCGGGCACAAAGAAUACAAAGAAGCAGUUGUUCUUGUUUUACUCGGAGCGUUUUGUAAGGAAAAGAAAAGGAGGCUGCUAAUGAAUGUCUUUACAGCUCCAGAGCUGCCGGAGCUCUAGCCCCAAGGCUCCCGGUUUAUCAGCCACAGGAGGCUGAAGGAAGAUGCUCCCCGCCAAGUCACCAGGGGCCACUCUUGACGAAUGCUGUGGCAGCGCAGUGGUGCCUGGUUCGUUUUGUCUUGAGGGCUGCCGGGAGACCAGUGGGAAGUGGAAUUGUUGACCAAGGCGGUGAAGAGAUCAAGGAGGCUCCUUACUGUGGAAUUACUGUACUUUGAACUUUCAGGUGCACAUACGUGUGGUUGGUUCACACAUACACUUUCAUACUGUAUGUUUACUCACUCCCCACACAUACAAUCUGUCGUGAUUCGCUUCCAGUGCUUGGAUUAAAAUGGAGGUAGUGUGGGCAGGUGGGGGGCUGUAGGAGCGGAAGCCCAGACCCGUCUGUCCUCUUCCCACAAAUGGAUGUUAUUAGUUUCCAAAAUUAGUUGCCUGGAAACCUCUAAAAGCUUCUGGCCGCGUCUUUCUGAAAGCAACUGCAACUCCCUCUCCAUUUCGGAACACAGCUUGAGUGAGAGCUGAGUCUACCAGCCAUUACCCAGCCUAUCAUUCUCUCCUCCUCUUCCCUCGUUUCGCGUGUCAUUUUUAUUCCGUGGUUCUUCUUCUCCCACCCCGUUACCCGUACCUCCCCGUUGGGGGGGGGGGGAGACUCUUGAAGUGGAGUAUGACCAGCUGCCAUUACCCCACGCCGCCCCCGGAGCGGGACAGGAUGUACCAACACAAGGUGUCCCUGGUGGUGCGCUACUUUAUGAUCCCCUGUAACAUAUGUCUCAUCCUGCUGGCCACCUCCACGCUGGGCUUCGCCGUGCUGCUCUUCCUCAACAACUACAAACCUGUUCACUUCACACCAGCCCAGCCUCCUGACGAUUGCAGAGGAAUGCUAUGCGGCUUCGGGUCAGUAUGUGAACGUGAUGCGGCUGACCCCUCCAAGACAGAGUGUGUCUGCAAGAAGAUGGUGUGUCCGUCGGUUGUGGCGCCUGUGUGUGGCUCGGACUCCUCGACCUACUCCAAUGAGUGUGAGCUGGAGAAGGCCCAGUGCAACACGCAGCGGCGCAUCAAGGUGCUGCGCAAAGGACCCUGCGCCCUGGAGGACCCGUGCAGUGAGGUGACCUGCAGCUACGGCAGCACCUGCAUCCAGUCAUCGGACUCCUUGUCGGCCAAGUGCAUGUGCCCGCUGAGCUGCGACGGUAAGCCCGAGCAGGUGGUGUGUGGCAGUGACGGCCAAGACUACCGCAACGAGUGCGAGCUCUACAAGCAAGCCUGCCACACCCAGAAGAACUUCCGACUGCAGCACCAGGGAUACUGCAACCCCUGCAAAGACAGCGAGAACAGUCUGAACGUGGCAUGCCGGGUGGAGCCACGUACCCGCCAGCCCCUGACCUUUGCCUCUCCGGAGUCCUGCCCACCCGUCAAUGAGCCACUGUGCGCCAGCGACAGCCAGACGUACGAGAGCGAGUGCCAUAUGACGAGGACGGGCAUGCAGAAGGGCAUUGACCUCAGGAAGAUCCACCCGGGCCGCUGCAAGAAACAAGAGAUGUGCAAGGUGGAGUGCAAGUUCAAUGGCGUGUGCCAGGUGGAACGUCUAGGCGUGCGCUGCUCCUGCGAGCCUAUCCAGUGCGACGGGACCUACAAGCCGCUGUGCGGCAAAGACGGACGCAGCUACGUCAACGACUGUGAGCGGCGACGGGCCGAGUGCCUGGCUAAAGCCCACAUCCCCGUCAAGCAGCAAGGCCCGUGUGAUCUCCACGCGCCCAGCCCGUGCCUGGCAAAGGCCUGCGAGUUUGGCGCUGUGUGUGUGGUGAAGAACGACAAGCCCGUAUGUGAGUGCCCCGAAGCCUGCAUCCAGACACCCGACCCAGUGUGCGGCAGUGACGGCCACAGCUACGGCAGCCAGUGCGAGAUGAGGGCCACGGGCUGCGCCCUGCAGAGGGAGAUCCACAUCCAGCACCGAGGGCCCUGCGACGAGGUGUGUGCCAACUGUUCAUUCGGGGCGAUCUGCGACGGGCAGUCGGGCAGCUGUGUGUGCCCGCAGGAGUGUGUAGAGUCCCACCAACCGGUGUGCGGCAGCGACGGCUCCACCUACGACAGUGAGUGUGAGCUCCACGUGCGCGCCUGUACCAAGCAGCUUGACCUGCGCGUGCUCGCCCAGGGAGAAUGCAAGACGUGCGGCAGCGCCGUGUGUGCCUGGGGGGCCCUAUGCAUACAGAACAAGUGCGAGUGCACGCAGUGCCAGGGCCAGGCUUUUUCGCCUGUGUGUGGCAGCGAUGGCAUGACCUACGACAACACUUGCGAGCUGGGCUUGGCAUCCUGCGUCCUCAAGAAGAAGAUCGAGGUGGCCAAGCUCGGCAGCUGCGAAGAAGAGUGUGGUUCAGGAGGGUCGGCCUCAGGUGUUGAGAGCUGCGAACAGGAUAGGUGUCGUACAUUUGGAGGCUCGUGGGACGAGGACACAGAGGAUGACCGCUGUGUCUGUGACUUCGACUGCAGUCGCGUGCCUCGCAACCUGGUGUGUGGCUCAGAUGGGAAGACCUACAGCAACGAGUGUGAGAUGAAGAAGGCCAGUUGCGAAAGGCAAGGGCAUCUGCUGAUCCAGAAUCAGGGACCCUGCACAGCCACCUCUCCGCCGGAGCUGACGGCGCCACAACGCUGCAUUCAGUCAGUCUACGGCUGUUGCCGCGACAACAAGACGGCGGCCCUUGGUGUGGGACUCGCUGGAUGCGCCAGUACGUGCCAGUGUAACCCGUAUGGCUCCUACAAGGGGACGUGUGACCCGGCCAGCGGCCAGUGCUCCUGCAAGCCCGGCGUCGGGGGACAGAAGUGUGACCGCUGCGAUCCAGGCUUCUGGAACUUCCGCGGCAUCGUCACAGAGAACUUGAGCGGCUGCACACCGUGUAGCUGCGACGCGAUGGGCUCGGUGAGGGACGACUGCGAGCAGAUGUCAGGCCUGUGCUCCUGCAAGACUGGAGUGAAGGGCAUGAAAUGCAACGUGUGCCCCGACGGGAGUAAGAUGGGCAGGAGCGGCUGCGACACAGGUGCUGAUGCCCCAACCUCAUGUAAUGAGCUGGACUGCAAGUUUGGCGCGUCUUGUGUUGAGGUCAAUGGUCAAGCGCACUGUGAAUGCCCCUCGCCCGACUGUGACGAGAAGAACAAGACCAAGGUCUGUGGCUCUGAUGGGGUGACCUACGCUGACCAGUGCCAGCUGAGCACCAUUGCCUGUAGACGGGACAAGCACAUCAGAGUGGAACACUUUGGCCAGUGCACAGAAAGCAUCACCGAGCCGGCCAGCCGACCCACCCCUUACCCCCCCACCCCCCUCGCAAAAGCCACCACCCCCUCCCACGUCAGGCUUACGUCGCCGCGCCAUGGCACAUCAUACUCUCCCUGGGAGGAUGAUGAAACCGAGGGGCCACUAGCCUCAUUCGUGGAGGCCCUGAUGCCCCCCAUGCCCACUGAGAGACCGCUCACCACCAACCACCCCGUCAUCACCGCCCACCACCCACCUCACUCCACCACCCCUCGCCUACCCAGCCACACCAGCCCUGGCUCCUCCCCUACAGCCUUCGAGGACUCAGGGAGCGGUGAGCCCAGCGGAGACGACCAGGUGGAGGAGGUGGAAGAGAGUAGCGGCGUCGGAGUCCUGGAGGCGAGCGGAGAGGAGCCAGUUGACCCAACAGCCGCAGCCACCACCAUCCCCACAGUGGAGGACCGCUCGUCAUGUGACAACACUCCCUUCGGCUGUUGUCCUGAUGGCAAGACGGCUUCCAGCAGCCCUGAGGGAGCCAACUGCCCCUCCACCAUGCGGUUCAGCGGCUUCCUGCACUUGGACCAGGUGGAGGGCCAGGAGGUCUUCUACACCCCUGAGAUGGAGGAUCCUAAGUCUGAGCUGUUUGGCGAGACGGCCAGGAGCAUCGAGAGUGCUCUGAAUGAGUUGUUCCGUAAAUCAGAGGUGCAGAAGGACUUCAUGAGCGUCCAAGUCCGCAGCCUGGCGCCCAGCAACUCCAUCCUGGCCUUCGUCGAGGCCCACUUCGACCCAGAGACCAGGCUCACGGUGCAGGACAUUGAAGGAGCCCUGGUCAAGCAGCUGAAGGCAGCCAAGGAGACAGCCAUUGUGGUGAAGAAGCCAGAGGAGGAGAAUAUUCGCUUCAACAACUAUGGCCUGUUCUCCCGCCCCUACUUCACCACCACUACCACAGCUACCGCCACCACCCCCACUGCCAGCACCACCCUGCCGCCCCCCAACUCCCCUUUCAUCACACGCCGUCCCCUGGGCACCACCCUGCCGCCCCCCAACUCCCCUUUCAUCACACGCCAUCCCCUGGGCACCACACGCCGUCCCUAUACCAGCCGCCGGACCACCGCCGCCCCUUCUACCAUGGCCCCCACUCCCACCACUACUAUCACCCUCCUCCACAGGACCAGCCCUGUGCCCCACUACACCAAGGCCCAGCGGCCCUGCGACUCCCACCCCUGCCGCCACGGCGGCACCUGCGAUGACGACGGCGCCGAUUUCACCUGCAUCUGCCCCGCAGGAAGAGGGGGCGCCGUCUGCGAGAAAUUGAUCACAUACUUCAUCCCGUCAUUCGGGGGUAAGUCCUAUCUGGCCUUCGACACCAUGCGGGCCUAUCACACGGUCCGCAUCGCCAUGGAGUUCAGGGUGGCCGAGAUGACGGGCAUCCUGCUCUUCAACGGCCAGGACGGCAAGAAGGACUUCCUGUCUCUCACCCUGGUCAAUGGCAAGGUGGAGCUCAAGUUCAACACCGGCUCGGGCACAGGCACACUGGUCAGUAAAGUCCAGGUGAAGCAGGGUCGCUGGUACCAGCUGGUGGUGACGAGGAACCGGCGCAACGCCGUGCUGAGCGUGGAUGACGAGCUCCACAUCGAGGGCGCCAGCCCCCCCGGCACCGACGGCCUCAACCUGGACACACACCUCUUCAUCGGAGGGGUGCCCGAGGACAUGAUGACAGAUGUGAAGGAGAGGACCUCCACCGGUACAGGUCUUGUUGGCUGUGUUCGCACGCUGGACGUCAACAACCUGGUGUACAACCUGCAGGAGAAGGGUGGCAACGUGCUCUACGGCACCGGCGUAGGCGAGUGCGGCAACAACCCGUGCCAGCCUAACCCCUGUAAGAACAGUGCCUCCUGCCAGGUCAAGGAGGCUGAGAUGUUCCACUGCAAGUGCAUCAACAGCUACUCCGGUCCGACGUGCGCCGACACCCACAAUCCAUGCGAACCUAACAGAUGCCACCCAUCGUCCCAGUGUCAGGUGCAACCAGAGGGAGGGUAUAAGUGUGAGUGUCCCAUGGGCCGCGAGGGACGCCAUUGCGAGCAAGUGUCGGACAAGAAAGGGGCCUACAUGCCGUCCUUUAGUGGCGACUCUUACCUGAAGCUGAAGGGAUUGCACACCUACGGUCACGCUCUCCACCAAAAGGUCAGCAUGACGGUGGUGCUCAUGGCUAACGAAUCAAACGGCAUGAUAUUCUACAAUGGCCAGAAGACCGACGGCAAAGGGGACUUCAUCUCCCUCUCCCUCAACGACGGCAUCCUGGAGUUUCGCUACGACCUGGGCAAAGGCCCAGCCGUCAUCAGGAGUAAAGAUAAGAUCAAGAUGGGCGUGUGGAACACAGUGAAUCUGGAGAGGGCCAGUCGCAAGGGAGAGAUCAACAUAAACGGAAAGGACCCAGUCAGGGGAGAGUCGCCGAAAUCACGCAAGAACCAACACACCGCUCUCAACCUGAAGGAGUCUCUGUUCGUGGGUGGUGCUCCUGAUUUCAGCCGGCUAGCGAGGGCCGCCUCGCUCAAAGAUGGCUUCAAGGGGGCCAUUCAGAAGAUCACCCUGAUGGGCACUCCCAUCCUGCGGCAGGAGAACGCACUGCACUCCAGUGACGUGGCCAUGUUUAAGGGCCACCCGUGCAGCCGGGAGCACUGCCACAACGGGGGUCUCUGCAACCCCAUGCUUGAGAGCUACGAGUGUGUGUGCCCCCACGGCUUCACGGGCACAGCCUGUCAGAACACCAUCUUGGAGAAGUCCGCGGGGGAGACGGAGUCCAUUGUUUUUGACGGCCGGACUUUUAUCGAGUACCACAACGCCGUCACCAAGAGUGAGAAGGCCCUGCUGGUGAACAAAUUUGAGCUGAGCAUCAAGACGGAGGCCACACAGGGCCUGGUGCUGUGGAGCGGAAAGGGAGUGGAGCGCUCUGACUAUAUCGCCCUGGCCAUUGUGGAUGGCCGCGUGCAGAUGACCUAUGACCUGGGAUCCAAGCCUGUGGUGCUUCGCUCGACGGUGCGCGUCAACACUAACAGUUGGAUCUGCAUCAAGGCCAGCAGAGCACUUAGGGACGGAUCUCUCCAGGUGGGCAACGAGGCAGCAGUCACGGGAUCGUCGCACCUGGCAGCCACUCAGCUGGACACAGACGGAGCUCUCUGGUUGGGUGGCUUGAAGGAGUUGAUGGUGGCCCCCGGGCUGCCUAAGGCUUACAGCACGGGCUUCGUUGGCUGUGUAAAGAACGUGGUGGUGGACGGCAUGGAGCUUCACCUGGUGGAGGACGCCCUCAAUAGCCCUAAAAUAUUACACUGUUCCGCCGCUGAUUCCAAAAAAUAGCCUGGCUAAACCACCCCCUUCAUAAACUACAUGUCUAAUGCUGUAAUUAAGUUCUAUUUUUGUAUAAUUGUCAUCGCUUUUUAUAUUGGAAAAAAAUAAUACAUUGUUUUAAUUUGUUUUAUUUUGUGUUUAUAUACUGUAUUUUUUUUGUUUGUUUAUCUACGCCUCACGUUCGUUCAUUAUCCCCUCCUGAAAUGCCGGUGUAAAUACCUUGCGUAUAUGCGUACAUUUGUGUGGCGUCGCAAGACAAGGCGAAAGUUGUAUUAAUUGUAUUUGUUAUUUUCAAACAAACGCGAACAAAACCUCCCUAUCGCUCAUGACUUGAACACUGGUGAACCACAUUGGUCCUCUCUAUUAUUGUCUUGUCUUGGUGUCAUAUCAGUCACUACCAUCCAACACAGCCUAUAGACAUAACCCUAACUCUACAUACAAACAUUCCCGUGUGAGGCAAAUGCAGUAGAGAUAUACUGCAGUUACCUGUGUCAUGUUCAUUAGAGCACACUGUUACAAAACGUUUUACAACAUUUUGCAACGAAAACAAGCGUGUCUUAUUGGUGCCUCAUGAACACAACUCUGGUAUCAGAGAACCCUCUGCUUGCCCCUGAUAGGACACAAGUGUAUUCAAAUAUUAGUUAAGAAUGAGUUUCGCCUGAUCAAACUCUUCAAACUCCUCAUACAGCGCAAGUGCUCUGUUGGCUCUGAAUCAAUGACUGAGUCUCCUUUUUGAACAACGACAAAGUGCCCUGCAUUCCAGAACAACGUACAUAUCAUAAUUUCAGAACAUCAGUCAAGAAAUGUAAUAAUAAUUUACGUCAAUAAAUGUAAUAAAUAUAGAGUAUAUAAAUACCUGAGACUGUGAAUAUGUAAGAUUGGUUCUCUUCUCAUGUAUUGUGCUUCUCAUGUAUUGUGCAUAUUCUGUUUUACAAUCAGUAAAGCUAACAAUGACCACUAGUUGCAUGCAGUUUCUGCCGUGUUGAUUUUGUUUUGUUUUUGCUCCGCGAAUGUCUUUUCAUUUUCUGAGGCGAACGUGACAGCGGUCAAGUGGAUUAUUUUACUCUCACCUGAUUUCACCGAGCUUGUAGAACUAUUUCAUUUGGCUGGGUUCUUUUUUGAAAAUGGUGUAACAGAACAAGUUGUUGUUUUUACCAGAACUGGCCUGAUGGAGGAGCUGUAAGAUAAGGCUAAAUAGAGGACACAGCUAGAGGAAGAGGAGAGAUACCAUACCAGGUGGGCAAUGGGACCCUUCAAUGCUCAGUCAUGGAAUGUUCAGUCAUCAAUGAAAUCUUUCAAACUUCAGAGUAAAAAAUGUUUCUCAAAUUGAAAUGAAAACUGGUUUAUACUCUUGCAUUAAAGUAGAGCGGUCCAUCUCUUUUUUUAUCUUUUUUUACCUUUAUUUAAUUAACUAGGCAAGUCAGCUAUGAACAAAUUCAUUUUUUCAAUGACGGCCUAGGAACAGUGGGUUAACUGCCUUGUUCAGGGGCAGAACGACAGAUUUGAACCUCUUGCUGUUGGAAAGGGGAUAAUGUGAUAAGUUGGGAUAUUGGGCAGCAAAAUUUAAAGAAAGAAAACUGCAUAAUAAUUGCAUAAUUGCAAAUAAACAUACUAAUACAUGGGUCUGUAUUAAGAUGAAUUCUGUAACAUCCAAAAACUGCAAUGACUGACAUAAACCCACUCUGUUUUGAUAUAGAAGAUACUUGGCAAUAUUGUUCACGUCAUAUUUUCCCCUUCUGAAACAAACAUUCAUUGAUGACUGAACAUUCCAUGACUGAGCAUUGAAGGGUCCCAUUGCCCACCUGGUAUGAUAUCUCUCCUCUUCCUCUAACCACCAUUUUGUACGUGUAAAUUUAGCAUUGUGCAAAACUGUGGAGGUUAUGUGUUUAGUACUAUACACUGGAACCCAGAAGCCUGACUUGUCUAUUCACGACACACAAUAAUUAUGUUCCCCAUGUCAAUGGGGAAGGAAAGGGGAGGGGAAGAGCAUUGAAGCAUAUGGCUUUUGAGUCAAAUCAAGGACUAGUUUCCAAAGCUAAGACCAGUAACCGUGUGUGCGUGUGUAUGGUCUACACCACUGCAUUUCUAUGUUGUGUUACUGUUGAAUUGGACCUAUUCCGGUAGGUGUGGGAUAUGUCCUGUGUUAUUGACACUCAGAAGUGACACUGGCUCAAGAGUUAGACGGGCACAAUCUAAUGGCGGGGUAGUUUAAACUGUCUAUGAAUUGCCUUAAAACAGGUCAACGGCUUACCAGUUGACAAAGUCAUUGUCCAUACUGUUCUGUGCUCUUAUUUUAGCCAGCAUACUAGCCUCAUCAUCCCCAUCGUGUAAAUUAAUAUAUAAUAAUUAUAUUCAUAAUAAUGCUCAUUACAAGUCAUCGGAGAGCCUAAAAAAUGUCUGCCUCUGGCUUUUACAGAAAAUAUACUAUUUACUGUUUGAAUCUAUUUUCUGUUCCUUAUUUAUGUCUUCAUGUGGAUUCCCCUAUCGACUGGCCUCUAAACUGCUGUUUGAUUGGGAUGCUCCUGAAGGGCCGUGCACCGAGUAAGAGUGGCAUGACCUGACCGUUACUAACUUUAUGACCUUUGUCUUUUGUUCCUACCACCAUGAAAUAAAAUGUCAAACAGA